AUGAAGAAGUGUCGUCCACCACCAAUUGUUGCAAUUCGUAAGGAAUGGCCAGAAGCCGCCAUCCAUGUAAGAGAUGGGACCAAACACAAUAUGCCUCAUGAGCGAUAUAACAAAAAGCAUCAAGACCCCCAAGAGUGGCGUAUAACGAAGGUAACGACGGAAGUAAAGACGAAGAAUACUUAA